AUGCAUGUAAUUUUACCUCGGAAUAGUGAAGCUGAUGUGAGUUCUGAUGUUAAGGGCAUAAUAGGAGCUAUUUUAGAUGGCAGCUCUCGCAUUGGCCAAGAGCAAGCAGUGGCUAUGAAGCUGACAUUGGAAGACUUUCAUCAUAAUAGCAAUCAGAGUUUUACUUUGCAUGUUAGAGACUCUAAAGGGGAUCCUCUUCUGGCAGCUAUUGCAGCUAAAGAUCUUAUUGAUAAUCAAAAGGUGCAAGCAAUCGUUGGACCACAAACAUGGGAAGAGACAUCUUUAGUGGCUGACGUAUGCAACCAAAGGAGCAUACCCCUCCUUUCUCUAGCAGAUACAACUCCAAAAUGGGCAAUAGAGAAGUGGCAAUUCCUGCUCCAAUCCUCGCCUAGCCAAGUCAUGCAGAUGAAAGCUAUAGCUGAAAUUGUCAAGUCUUGGAAUCUCUACAAGGUAAGCAUAAUAUAUGAAGAUGGAGACUCAUCCUCCGCUGAAGUUUUACCUCAGCUCUAUGAAGCUCUCACAGAAGUUGGCACAGAGUUAAGCAAUGUUCUAGCCAUUCCACCUUUUGUUUCCUCUUCAUUGUCUCAAGAACUUGAGAAGCUAAGGGGAGGGCAAUGUAGAGUCUUUAUUGUCCAUUUAUCCCUUCCUUCGGCACUGCACCUUUUUGAAACUGCCAAAAGAACGAAUAUGAUGGAGGAAGGUAAUGUAUGGAUUAGUACUAGUACCUUUACAAACCUUGUUCAUUCCUUGAAUACAUCCACUAUCUCCAAUUUGCAAGGGAUUAUUGGAGUCAAGAGCUAUAUUCCAAAUCUAUGGCACCAAUAUGCAAACUUCUACCAUAGAUUUCGUAGAGAAUUUAGCUCAGCGAAUUUUGAAGAGUAUAAUUAUGAGCCCGGGAUCUUUGCAGCCCAAGCUUAUGAUGCCGCAUGGACUGUGCUUCAGGCAAUGAGGGAAACCAAACCAAAACAGGGUCAACUUUUUCUAAACAAGAUUUUGCUUAGCAAUUUUACUGGUUUAAGUGGGAAAAUUCAGUUCACUGAUAAAAAAUUAUCUCCAGCGCGUACUUUUCAAAUCAUUGACGUGAUUGGGAGGAGCUACAGGGAAAUUGGUUUCUGGUCAGAUGGACAUAGUUUCUCAAAAUCUUUGGACCAAAAUGCUUCUUAUAGUUCUUUUGUGAAGGAAUUUGGAAAAAUGAUCAAUCCAACAUGUUCUAAACGACUAAGAAUUGGUGUCCCCUCUACAUCAACAUUCAAACAGUAUGUCGAUGUUACUCAAGAUCAUUCAGAAAAAGUUACUUCCUUCGAGGGAUUUGCUAUAGAUCUUUUCGAAGAAACCGUAAAAAAAUUGCCAUACCAUCUGGAAUAUGAGUUUUUUGCCUUUAAUGGCACAUAUGAUGAUUUGGUGAAGCAAGUUUAUUAUAAGAAAUAUGACGCAGUUGUUGGUGAUGUAGCAAUAGUGUCCUCGCGUUAUGAAUAUGUUUCAUUCACUCAGCCCUAUACUGAUCCAGGAGUGGUGAUGAUUGUUCCUGUUAAACCGAAGACAGGCAAUAGAGCAUGGCUAUUCAUGAAGCCUUUUACAAAGCUCAUGUGGGUUCUAAUAUUAGUCAUCAUUUUCUACAAUGGCUUUGUUGUAUGGAUGAUUGAAAGAAACCACUGCCCUGAGCUUAAGGGGCCUAUUCUGCAUCAAACAACAACUAUGCUGUGGUUGGCUUUCUUUUCUCUUUUCUCUUUGAAUGGGGACAGGUUACACAGCAAUUUAUCAAGGGUUGCAAUGGUGGUCUGGCUUUUUGUGGCUCUAAUCAUUACACAGACCUACACUGCUAGCCUUGCCAGCAUGUUGACUGUUGAACGGUUUGAACCAACCGUAGACAGCAUUCAGGUGCUCAAGAACAGCAAUGCCAAGGUAGGAUAUGAUAGAGGAUCCUACUUGAAAAGAUAUAUCCAGGAUGCAUUGGGCAUCAAUGCUGAAAACAUCAAGCAAUUCAACUCAUCAGAGAACUAUGCUGAGGCCUUCAGAAACAAAGAAAUAGCAGCUGCCUUCCUUGACAUUCCUGAGGCCAAAAUUUUCCUGGCAAAGCACUGUAAAGGGUUUACUCGAGGGCCUGCAUACAAAGUUGGAGGAUAUGGAUUUGUGUUUCCAAAGGGAUCGCCAUUGAUUCAUGGUGUAAACCAAGCCCUACUAAACAUAUCUGAAAAUGGCACACUACGUGAUCUAGAAAACAGUAUGCUUGCAUCAGAAGAAUGCAAAGAUGUAGACCCAGGUGCAGAAACUACUAGUCUUAGCCCUGGCAGCUUCAUGAGAACAAUGUGGAGUCUAAUGACGGCUGUGAUUAAACGUUGGCGAUCUAGAAAGAGACUAUUAUCAGGAAGAAUCCACAAUGUGGCAGAAAAUCCUUUAAACUCUUCCAACAUUUCUAAUAUGCAAAUUUUAGCUUAA